AGCACUGUUGUAGAGUUUGAAGUCAGGGAUUGUGAUGUCUCCAGAAGUUCUUUUAUUGUACAGUGGGACUGGUUUUUGUAAGGAUCCUUCUGGCAGCUUUGUGGAAACAGUGAAAAAGAGACAGGUACUAGGAAGAAUGGAAGCAGGGAGCUUGCCCGUUGCAUAGAGGCACAGACUGUAGACUGACGGUCCUCUUGUUCAUUUCCAGUUCACCGGCUCUGUUGAGAAUACAGAGUGUUGGCUUCGCUAUUCACCAGUUAAAGGACAUGGGCAAGAGUUCAUAUCUCAACUUCUUUUGUGCUUUUUAUGUUUUUGUUUUUUCUUCUGAGAUCCACAGGAUUCAAAGAGGCAUAGCCAGGAAGCUCAUUCUCUGGGCAGCUGGUCAUGAUGUUCAGUGAGGAGGGACAUCCAAGCUCCUAUAAGCUGGAGUUCACCGCAGAGCCUGUGAAAGAGGCCCUAGACUCAGUGGUUCUCAACCUUCCUAAUGCCCUUUAAUACAGUUCAUGUUUUAAGUGACCCCCUAACCAUAAAAUUAUUUUUAUUGCUACUUCAUAAUUGUACUUUUACGAGUGUUAUAAAUCAAAAUGUAAAUAUUUUUUGAAGAAACUGGUUUGGCGAAGGGGUUGCAACUCACAAGUCGAGAACUGCUGUCCUACAGGGUUCCCAAAGGAAGCCCUUGGUGCUAACUGCACAUUGGGCAUUCAGAGUUUGAGCUUCUAACAAGGAGUGCGACAAUUCCCUAAAGUUCUACCCGAAAUAGCUGCCUCAGAAUGCACUUGGUGUCCAGAUUAUGCAGUGCCACAGCAGGUCUGGGGUUGUGGAAGGCUGAAAGUGUGAGUUUCCAUAUGCAAUGCCUGCCUCCCCAGGGCGGGCAACCAAACAGGAGGUGGGAGUCGGCGUCCCAGGAGCUCCUAGUGGCUAACGGGGAAGGGCGGAGCCCGAACGCCCGCCCGGAAGCGCUCCGGCGGGAAGCCGGCGUGGAGCGCGCCUGUAGUGGCGCGGAGACCGUCGUGGCAGCUUUCCUCAGCCUUGCCUGAGCAGGCUUGCUUGGCAAGCUGGGACAUGUCUGGUCCCCGAGGACCUUCCAUGGGUGAUGGCUGCAGUGUUGGAGGGGCUGGAGCCGGAGGAAACUGCAGCUGCUGCAGAGGAUGCUGCAAGAUCCGCUGUGGAGGCUGUGGAAUCCAGGCUCGGGGCACCUUUUCUCUUGGCUGGGAACCAGUUGAACUUGGAUGUACACCCAGGGGGCUGCCAUCGGCUGCAGUACCUGUGUUCCCAGCAGCCCCCAGAGCUGCUGCAGGUGGAGUUCUUGCGACUCAGUACCCACGAGGACCCUCGACUGCUAGAUGACACCCUAGCCCAGGUUCCGUGGAGUCUGUUGCGCCUUCGCUCCCUGGUCCUCAAAGGCGGCCAGAGCCGGGGCGCCCUGGGUGCCUGCCUCCAUGGUACCCUGACCACUCUGCCUGCCGGCCUGAGUGGCAUGGCCUGCUUGGCCCACCUGGACCUGAGCUUCAACAGACUGGAGACGCUGCCGCCCUGCAUCCUGGAACUGCGCAGCUUGGAUGCGCUGCUGCUUUCUCACAACCGUCUCUCGGAGCUGCCCGAGGUCCUAGGGGCCCUGCCUACCCUCACCUUCCUCUCUGUGAGGCACAACUGCCUAGAAAGGCUACCCGCAACCCUGGGGUCCCUGUCCGCUCUUCAGCGUCUUGAUCUCUCUGAGAAUCUUCUAGACACCAUACCCUCUGAGAUUGGAAACCUGAGCAGCCUCAGUGAGCUCAAUCUGGCCUCCAACCGACUGCAGAAUCUCCCAGCCUCCCUUGAGCCUGAAGCCUUUAGUGUGAGUAUCUUGUCAAGGUGCCCAGAGCCAACCCUAAGCCAGCACUUGCCUGCAGUGGGGCUACGGUCCCUGCGGCUCCUUGUUCUGCACAGCAACCUCCUGACCUCAGUGCCCACUGGCCUGGCCCACCUCCCACUGAUCACUCGGCUUGACCUAAGGGACAACCAGCUCCGGGACCUGCCUGCUGAGCUCCUAGACGCUCCCUUUGUGCGCGUGCAGGGGAACCCUCUGGGUGAGGCCUCUCCAGCACCCCCAAGUCCCCCAGACAUAUCCCAGAUUCCGGAAAUGCCCAGGCUCUUCCUAACCUCAGAUUUGGACAGCUUCCUUGUGACUCCCCAUGGCUGUUCUGUGACCCUGGCCUGUGGUGUCCGCCUACAGUUCCCAGCAGGAGCCACCACCACACCCAUCACCAUCCAUUAUCGACUGUGGCUGCCGGAGCCUCACCUGGUCUCUCUGGGACCUCAUGACUUCUUGCUAAGUGGUGUUCUAGAGUUGCAGCCCCAUGGGGUGGCUUUCCAGCAGGAUGUGAGCUUAUGGCUGCUGUUCGUCCCCCCACGAGUCCAACGCUGCCGUGAGGUAGUUGUAAGGACGCGGAGUGACGACAGCUGGACUGACCUAGAGACCCACCUGGAGGAAGAAGCACCCAAGAGGCUCUGGGCUCGAUGCCAGGUGCCCCACUUCUCCUGGUUUCUUGUCGUUUUACGCCCAGUAUCCAACACUUGCCUGUUGCCACCAGAGGGAGCACUUCUGUGCUCCUCAGGUCAUCCUGGGGUCAAAGUCACCUUUCCCUCUGGGGCCACAGAAGAGCCUCGCCAAGUCUCCAUGCAGGUAGUGCAUAUGGCUGGUCUAGAGCUGAGAGCUCUCCUGGAAGAAUCAGAGGCAUCAGUGAGCCCCUUGCUGUGCCUCUCACAGAACGGGCCCCCCAGCUUCCUACAGCCAGUCACUGUGCAGUUGCCCUUGCCCCCUGGCAUUACAGGGUUCAGUCUGGACCGUUCCCACCUACACCUGCUCUACCGAACACCCUCGACCACCACCUGGGAUGACAUCACCACUCAGGUGGCGCUGGAACUCACCCACCUAUACGCACGCUUCCAGGUCACACACUUCUCCUGGUACUGGCUCUGGUAUACCACCAAAACCUGUGUAGGGGGCCUGGCACGGAAGGCCUGGGAACGGCUGCGGCUGCACCGUGUGAACCUCAUUGCACUGCAGAGGCGCCGGGACCCUGAGCAGGUCCUGCUGCAAUGCCUACCCCGCAACAAGGUCGAUGCCACCCUGUGUCGGCUGAUGGAUCGAUACCGUGGCCCUGAACCCUCUGACACCGUGGAGAUGUUCGAGGGUGAGAAGUUCUUUGCAGCCUUUGAACGGGGCAUUGAUGUAGAUGCUGACCGUCCAGACUGCGUGGAUGGCAGAAUCUGCUUUGUUUUCUAUUCACACCUGAAGAAUGUAAAGGAGGUAUACAUUACCACAGCCUUGGACCGGGAAGCUCAGGCUGUCCGAGGCCAGGUGUCCUUUUAUCGGGGUUCACUUCCCGAGGAGGUACCUCAAGAAGCUGAGGCUGCCCGGCAGAGGAAGGGCACAGAUGCACUGUGGAUGGCCACCUUGCCCAUCAAACUGCCGAGACUCCGGGGGCCCCAGGGAAGUGGGCAGGGGACAGUCUUCUCCCUGAUGCCUCUGAACCUGGGUGAUGCAGAAACUGGUUUCCUGACUCAGAGCAACUUGUUGAGUGUGGCCUCGCGCCUAGGUCCUGACUGGCCAACCGUGGCCCUGCACCUAGGUAUGCCCUACCGUGAACUACAGCGUAUCCGGCAUGAAUUCAGGGAUGACCUGGAUGGGCAGAUCCGCCACAUGCUCUUCUCCUGGGCUGAGCGCCAGGCUGGACAGCCUGGGGCUGUGGGACACUUGGUACAGGCCCUGGAGCAGAGUGACCGGCAGGAUGUGGCUGAAGAAGUGCGUGCCAUCUUGGAGCUUGGCCGUCACAAGUAUCAGGACAGCAUCAGGCGCACAGGACUGGCCCCUGAGGACUCCCCUCUGCCUGGCGCCUCAGCUUCACAGACCCCAGAGUCUGCCCAGGCCUAGGCUCAGAUUUAAGCUGGCCCUUGACUUGCCUUGACCAAUUGGGCAGAGCCCCUCCCCUAUCCUUCUACCUCACCUGUGUGGCACAGUGCCCCAGCACACAGAAACUCCUCAUGGCUUUAAAAGCUUGGUUUAUUUACAUGUUGAGAUAGGUCUUUCUGUCUAGCCAAGCUAGCCUCCAACUCCCCAUGUACCUCGGAGAUUGAUUUACUUAUAGGAUAGGCAGGAGUGAUCGGAAGCGUUGUCCUCCUGUUAAGAUGAGGGCAGAAAGGGCCUGGAGAGAUGACUCAGCAAUUAACAGCACUGGCUGCUCUUCCAGGGGAACACCUACAUGGUGGCUCACAACAGUCUGUAAUUCAAGUUCCA